AUGAAGGAGUCCGAAUCCAUUUCGGAUUAUAUAUCAAGAGUCUUGUCCAUUACCAACCAAAUGAAGAGGUAUGGAGAAGAUGUGAAAGAUGAUCGAGUUGUGGGAAAAAUUCUUAGAUCGUUGGAUCCAAAAUUCAACUACAUCGUCGUUGCCAUUGAAGAGUCGAAGGACCUAGACACCAUGUCCAUUGAUGAACUUGCGGGUUCACUACAAGCUCAUGAAGAGAGAUUGAAGACGCCAACACAAGAAUCGGUGGAGCAAGCUUUGAAAGCAAAGCUAUCAAUCAAAGAGAAAGAGACCGACUCAGGACGAGGCCGUGGAGGUGCCCGUGGUCAUGGCGGCGGACGAGGACGAGGACGCGGAAGAGGAAGACAAGGACAACAUGAUUAUGAAAAUAAUAGGCAUAAUUACGACUCGAUGAAAAACCAAGAAAGAGGUCGAGGUCGUGGACGUGGACGAGGUCGAGGCUCAAGAGGUGGAGGAUAUAGGCCGAAUCAAAGGCAUGACAAAUCAAACAUUGAGUGUUUUAAUUGUCAUCGCUAUGGCCAUUAUGCCUGGGAGUGUCAAAGUGACGUAGAGGAGAAAAGUAAUCUUAUGGAGAGUAACAACAAUGAAGACGUAGAUCCCACUUUGCUUCUCGCAUGCAAAACGAAUUCGAAAGACGAGGAUAGCCGAUGGUAUCUUGACUCGGGAGCAAGUAGUCAUAUAUGCGGGAGACGAAAUUUAUUCUCAGAACUUGAUGAGUCUGUUGGUGGCGACAUUACUUUUGGAGAUUCUUCAAAAGUACAAGUAAAAGGGAAAGGUACGAUUUUGAUUCGCUUGAAAGACGGGAGUCAUCAAUUUAUCUCCAAUGUCUUUUAUGUGCCGAAGAUGAAAAGCAAUAUUUUGAGUUUGGGACAACUUUUGGAGAAAAAUUAUGACAUUCAACUAAAAGAUAGAAGUUUGACGAUGAGAGAUGAAGACGGAAGAUUGCUCGUUAAAGUCCCGAUGACGAAGAAUCGAAUGUUUUUGUUGAACAUUCAAAGUGAUGUCCCGAUGUGCUUGAAGUCUUGUUUUAAUGAUUCGUCUUGGCUAUGGCAUUUGAGGCUUGGACAUUUGAAUUUUGAUGGUCUCCAAAUGAUGUGCAAAAAGAGAAUGGUGAAGGGGUUGCCUUCAAUAAAUCAUCCGAACCAACUUUGUGAAGGGUGUAUUUAUGGAAAGCAAGCAAGAAAGGGUUUUCCAAAGGAGUCGACGACAAGGGCGCAAUAUCCAUUGGAGUUGGUUCACUCUGACAGUGUCCAUGGAAUGACGCCACAAGAAGCUUGGAGUGGCUACAAACCAUCAAUUUCACACUUGCGAGUUUUUGGAAGCAUUGCUUACAUGCAUGUCCCGGAUGAAAAGCGCACGAAGCUCGAUGAUAAGAGUGCAAAGUAUUUAUUCAUCGGCUAUGAUACUUAUUCAAAAGGCUACAAGUUAUAUAAUCCAAGCAACCGAAAGCUUUUGAUAAGCCGAGAUGUGGAGUUUGACGAAGAAGGCGUUUGGAACUGGAGUAGACAAGAUAAAAAUGAUCAAUAUGGUCCAUUAUUUGAUGAAGAUGAAGAAGGCACGGUGCAACCGACACCACCAUCAACACCACCUCCACAAAAGAUACAAGGUUGUGCUCUGUCGAGCAUCAAGCAAACGGAAUCGGAUUUUGAGGUUGAUCAUCCGUUUUUGUUGGUCGUGGGAGAAAGCUGUGAGCAGCAGGGUGCUCUUUGUUGGCCAAUUGUAGCAUGUGGUAGAUUUGUGUUUGUUAUCUUUUUUGUUCUCCCGUUUGGGAGCUUCUCCUCGUAA